UGCUCGACUGACACGAUUUCAUCUAACUUACAGCUUCAUCACAGACGUUCAUUUCUGAUACAUACAAAAGAACACGGUUAAUAUAAGUAUAAUCUUAGGCAUUAAGUCUGAUAUUCUUGAAUAUCUGACUUUUUAGCGUUUCGUAAAUGAUUUUACUUUGAAAAUAACAAAACAGGAACUACAGGAAGGAGCCGUACUUCCGCCUUCAUGCUGCCUUCAAUGCCACAAUAUCAAAUCCAGUGAGCAGCGACCUCCAUUCACGCCAGGAUGGAGGAAGUCAGGAGGAGAGGACAGGCCCUCCUUACCUCAGGCUUGGUCCAGGAUGUGAAGGCUGAAGUCCAGAGGAUGGCCAACUUUCCUCUGCCUCUGUCCCAGAAAUACCAUCACAUCCAGGCAGAGACCAUGCUGACGGAAAACAUGGCUGGAAGAAACCAAGACGAGGUCUUGGAGUCAUUGAGCAGACUGGUGAAGGCCUUGAGCAUCUUGGAGAAGUACGGCUGCAACCUGACCAGCCCCGCUAGGCCCAGAUACUGGCGCAGCGUCAAGCACAACAACCCGGUCUUCAAAACAACAGUGGAUGCCAUUCAGGGCGGCCGGCGAGUCCUCUUUCUUUACGGCUACACCAACCAGCAGCAAGACGGUCUUGGUUUCCCUGACGACGUCACAGAACCGGAUCGGGAAAAAGUGGCCAUGGUGACGCUGGAGGUUAUGACUUUACGUUUGGAGUUGGACAUGCUCAUGAAGGGGACACAUCCUCACCAGGAAGUCUUCAAAGACGUCGUCCCGUAUGUCGUCCAACAGGGUACAAUCGCAACGGAUGUGGAGGUGAUCCCGCCGGAAGAGAAGGAGCCUGCACCUAAGCCGCCACCACCGCCUGUGCUGCCUAAACCCAAACUAGAUCUCGUACAACCUCAGAAAACGACAUCGCCAAAUCAGUGCAAUCUGUGUGGAGGCUCAGCAGCCGUAGUUUGCCCCUCAUGUGACAACCAGGCCUUUUGUGACGCGUGUGACGACCUCUUUCACCGCCACCCCGCAAGGACCAACCACAAGCGAGACAGCAGACUGAAAGCAACACAGGAUAUGUGUACCAUCUGUGGCGUGUCUCCCGUCCACGCUCAGUGCUCCACGUGUGUGCAGAGGUUGUGCGUGAAGUGCGACGGUCUCUUUCACUCGCACCCUGAGCGCAAAGGCCACAGCAGGACGUCGGUCACACUUGCCCAAAAAACAAGCAGCGUGUCGUCAUCUACAUGGGCUUGUGCCCACUGUGCCACAGUCAACAAGCCACUAGACACGCUCUGUGCCACUUGCAAACGGAGCCCCACGUCCCCCAAUGCAGAGUGGCGGUGUAAGAGCUGCACGGUCAUCAACCAGGGAAGCAGCAUCCUCUGUGAGGUGUGUGAGCGCCCCCGUCUGGCUCCUCGCCCUUCUGUCUCCCCUGUGCAUUCAGGCCCGAGUUCUAGUUCCGGCACCAGAGUUCAGUGGACCUGUCAGUUCUGCACCUUCGUCAACACCGAAUCCACGGCGACAUGCGAAAUGUGCGGCUCUCCGGGUAAAGACCCGGGUGGACCACCACCGGUGUCAUCACCAAAGACCUCGCCGUCAAUGACGCAUCAAGCGCCACCCGGUGUGAAGCCCCAGCCAAAGCCCAGAGUCAACUUGGAGCUGAAGAGGCAGGACCGCAUGAAGGAAGAUGGACUCAAGCUCAUCCGCCAAAUCAAAGAGGCAGAGAAGCGAGGCAUCAGCCCCGAGGAAGUGUACGCCGCCAUACGUGUGUGCGACAGCAGCAGCACCGACCCGUACCAUUGGCAGGCGUCAGAACUGCCCCACCUGCUGGACGAAAUCUGCGCCAUGGCCGCCUCUGUCCAUGCAAGCACCUCUGGCACCACCGGGGACGGCAUGAAGCUGUCACGAGCCGAGGCCAAGCUGGCCUGGCUGGCGACGGGGGGCGACACGGAGCGGGCGGCAAGACAGCUGCUGAGAGAUAGACAAGUUAAGAUGAGGGAGCUCCACUCUUUGGGCUUCAGAGAUGUGUCACAGUGCGAGGAGGCCCUGCGUCAGAGCGGCGGCGAGGUAAAGGGCGCCCUGUCCGUGCUGCAGCGUCCCCUCUUGGACCCCUUCCACAGGCGCAUGUGGAGCGAGCAGCCCGAGCCGCCCAUCGACCCCAAACACCCCGACAAAGAGAGGAUGUGCCGCCGUCUCCUGGCGCUCUAUGACCUGCCCAGCUGGGGGCGCUGCGAGCUCACCCUGUCGCUGCUGCAGGAGCCCGGGGUGGCGUACACCUUGGAGGACGUGGUGCAAGCCGUGCGGGAGUCGCACGACCGCGACUUCAUCAGGCGCAUCCUCAACAACGAGUGUCCGUGCUGCCUCAGCAUCUUCCCUCACAGCAAAAUGCAGUCGUUGACUUCUUGUCAGUGCUCCGUGUGCCAGGAGUGCUUCACGCAGCACUUCACCAUCACGGUGCGGGACAAACACAUUCGGGACAUGGUAUGUCCCAUCUGCCGCGAGCCGGACAUCAACGACCCCGAGCAGCUGGACAGCUACUUCUCCACGCUGGACAUCCAGCUGAGGGAAUGUUUGACUGCUGACGUCUAUGAGCUCUUCCACAAAAAACUGACGGAGCACGCUCUGAUGAAGGACCCCAAGUUCUUGUGGUGCUGCCACUGCACGUCAGGCUUCAUCAAUGAAGGAGACCAGCUGAAGGUCACCUGUCUGUCUUGCUGCAAGAGUUUCUGCGCUCAGUGCAAGAAACCUUGGGAGCCUCAACACCAGGAUGUGUCCUGUGAGCAGUUCCAGCAGUGGAAGAGGGACAACGACCCGGAGUACCAGAGGCAAGGCCUGGCCGGCUACUUGAGAGACAACGGCAUCACCUGUCCUCACUGCCGCUUCCAGUACGCACUAACAAAAGGCGGCUGCAUGCACUUCAGCUGCUUCCAGUGCAGGUACCAGUUCUGCAGCGGCUGCAACAAUCCUUACUACAAAAUGUGUUGCAGGACGGAGCAGUGCAGCUACACGGGCCUUCACGCUCACCAUCCUCGCGACUGCCUCUUCUACCUGCGAGACUGGGAGGCGGCCAGGCUGCAAGCGCUGCUACAAAGGAGCGGCGUGGACUUCAACACCGAGCCUUCUAACGGACAGCAGACAGAUACGUGCGGCGUGAUGGAGCAGAAAGACGAAGGAGGUCAGCAGAUCGAUUCGCCGUGUGGCGUCCAAACUCAACCGGGACGAGCCGGACUCUGCGAGAAGCACUACAGAGAGUACCUGGUGAGUCUGAUUAACGCCCACUCCAUAGACCCCGCCCCUCUCUACGACGCCCAUGACCUGACCCGAGCUUGUGAGAGGUACCAGGUGGACAUGCAGCGGGGAGAGGGCGAGGACGACAGCGCUUACCACGCUCGUCUGCUCAAGAAACUGAUGGAAGUUCCCCUCGGUGAAAAGGUUCCCCGAAACAAAUGAAGACGCCAAGCUGUACCUACAAGCUCGCUAUCACACCCUUGUUCAGGUCCAACAUUGAUCUCGCAAGGAGAUAAAGAAGCUGUUCUAUCCUGUUACCUUCUAUACCAGUGGUUCUCAAACUUAAAAAUCUUUAGUACCGCAAGUACCAGCGUUGACUGUCACCGUUAGCUUGUUGGAACAUGUGGCUUGGGCGUGUGAGGGGAAUUGAACAUGUAACAUAGAAAUGAUAUUUCACCAAAGGAACAUUUUAUAUGAAUUCUAUUUUAGCACAUAUCCAUCCAUUUUCUAUGCCGCUUGUGGGGGUAUGCUGGAGCCUACCCUAGCUGACCUUAAGCGAGAGGCCUCCAGCCAAUCACAGGCCACCUUAAGACAACAAAUGGGUAAUUUAGACUCUCCAGUUAACCUAAUAUGAAUCUUUAAUGUGGGAAGAAACCAAAGCACAACUGAGAAAUCCCAGUUCUUCCCCAUUACCCGGACUAUGCGUCCAACAUGCCACCAUGCUGCUAGCAAAAUUUUAUAAUAAAUUUGUAAAAUUAUCUUAUGUGUACAUUAUCCAUUUUUGUAUAUUUUUUAUUGGGGGAAAAAAUGUCUAAAUGGAGCCCGUGUAUUACCAUGGUACUUAUACCACAGUUUGAGAAUCACUGUUCUCUUCUAUUGUGUGUGUGUAUUAUUUUUGUUGCUCCCUUUUACUUGAAUGCUUAACUGUUUAAUGUCCCGUUCAUGCUGUUAGGUUUGCUACUGGUCAAGAGCAAUAAACAUUUACUCGCAUUAACUAACAA